UUCAACACAGACGAUCUCCGGAGUCAGCCGCUCUGCAGACACGUCGGUCCGGAUACUCUGCCUGGAAACACCGAAAACUAAUCGGAACCAGCGGCCGACAGAGACGGACGGGUCUCACAGGAUACGAGGGGGUCGACUAGGUGUGACUCGCUGUGUUGGUGACGGUGAUGAUGGGAGGACAGCAGAGCCAUGAGAGGAAGGAGAGUAAAGAGGAGACUGAAACACCUGAAGAAUCUCCCGGCGCUGACAGCUCCGGAUCGGCUGCUUCUGAAGACUGCUGCAUUUGACUCCCACAGACACCCCGGGAGAGCUGCCCCAGUGCAAGAUGGGAAACAAGAAGGUGGACAACAUGUGCUUCAUGAUCUCCUGCACCAAUUGGUACUAAACUGGUCCUGGUCCUGGUACAGGUGCAGGUUGGGGGAACAGGAGGCGUUCAUGUGAGCCGAACUCUAGUGGAGAACGUGGAGUCACUACUGGGUCAGACGCUGCAUUCAUGAACCCACCGAAAAUCUGAAAACAAAGCCGACGCUGAAGUCCAACGUGCUUAUUGCUGUGAUCCACUGCUGCUCUUAAGAGGAAGAUGCUGUAGUGUUAAUGAGCUUGUGUGUCUAAAGUUUGGAUGAGAUACCUGUUAUACAGCUCAGUUAAUGUAAAAUGGAGUUCUGUAUUCAACUGUUUCUAUACUGACAGAAAAACACGUCUGAGCUACAUUCAGUGUUGCUUUAGUAUAACUACUGUAAGUGAAGGAGACCACAGAUGAUUAGCUUCUGUCCAUUAAUUCUGUCAAAUUAUGACAUCAAAGCUAACAGGUGCCAGGUUAUGUGUGUGAUGCUCAAGCUGAGAAAUCUACUGAUUUGAUCUGUCUGAAGGUUACUCUUCGUGCUUUGGAUGGCAGAAGUACAGACUAAUAUUUGGUCAGUUGAUGGUUGAAAUCCCUCCGCUGACAGUUUAGCUGCAUUAGUGAGAUUUGAAUUUGAAUCAUUUGUUUUAACAGUAUGGCUGAAAUAAAGAGGUUUGAUUUUUGCAUUUGUGUCUCAUUAAUUUUAAAGAUUUAAAAUCAUCACAACUGAUUUAUACUAUUAUAUUUUUGAAGUGUUGAAGACACACUGUGGAGUUUUUAUUGUAAAUAAAUGUUUUAACAUUCAAAAAAAUCACAGAAUAUAAGACCUGACAAACAGUAACGACUACAAACGGUCCAGUUUAUGAUCUCUACCUCACUGCACUCAGAUAUCACCGUCACUACAUAAAGUGCAGUAGAUGUUGUCUUUAGGACUUUGCCCAUAAAUGAAGAUAACUAGUUGACUCUGGAGCAGGACCACGCCUCAAUAAUGGCAAUAAUGCAACUAUACACUGGUUGGCCAACUGCCAUUAUAAGAAAAGCAAAUAAGAGGAAGAGGAGGCCAGGCUGGCUGCACUGAGGAAGGAAGAGGAUCAGAAGAGUCAGAUGAUGAAGGAGAAGAUGGAGGCUCUGAGCAGAGAGAUAACAGCUCUUUCAGACACAGUCAGAGCCACAGAGGAGGAGCUGAGAGCUGAAGACGUCUCAUUCCUGAACAACUACAAGGCUGCAGUGGAAAGAGUCCAGCAGCGCCCCCUGUUGGAGGAUCCACAGCUGCUCCCAGGAGAUCUGAUAGACGAGGCCAAACACCUGGGCAACCUGACCUUCAACAUCUGGAACAAGAUGAAGGACAUGGUCUCCUACAGUCCUGUGAUUCUGGAUCCAAACACUGCUCAUCCAAGACUCAGCCUGUCUGAAGAUCUGACCUCUGUGAGAGUAGGAGAGAAACAGCAGCUUCCUGAUAAUCCAGAGAGGUUUGAUUCUUACUACUCUGUUCUGGGCUCUGAGGGCUUUAACUCAGGGACUCACAGCUGGGAUGUUGAGGUUGGAGACAGUACAGGCUGGUGUCCGGGUGUGUUAGCAGAGUCUGUCCAGGGGAAGGGAUGUAUACAGGAUGGAUUAUGGAGAAUAGAAGAAGUUGGACACCGGGCACAGUCACCAUCAGCUCCACUCACUGAUCUCAGAGUGCUGGAGAAGCUCCAGAAGACAGACACAUUUGUCCAAAAGCUAGCUAAUGUGAAGCAUUGUUCUAUAAGAUUAAAUUUCGUUCUUUCACAUCUUGAGGAGCCUCCCUCCUCAGUAGAGCAUGAAAGAGAAAAACACAAAGAUGAGGAUAACGCCAUGACAGACUCAAGGAACCAACUACACUAA